AUGUUCUUUUUUUUUCCUGUGCGGGAGAGCAGGGCAACUUUUUAAUCAGUCCGCUGUACUUGCUCAAUAAAUGCUGCAUGUGUAUUUUCUUCCUAUUGUUGAAUCUCUGCCCCAAUAAACAACUGAUCCCAAUAUAGUAGGCAAUCACAUUUAACAACUCUCACAAACAUGAAAGUUUGUACUGUGUUCAACUGAUAUGGAGUUACAGGAAAUGUGUUUCCUUGUGGCCAUAUGAGCCAACAGUAUAAAAGUGCUCCCUGUUGCUUGACUAAAGAGAAGCGACAGAGAUAACCUGGUAUUCACUUUGACACUUUCUGACAGGAAACAUUAGUGUAACAGAUUAGUCCACCUAUUCUACUCCAUUAAACUUUGAGGGAAUCAUCAGUUCAUCACUAAGUGCUGUUUUUAACAACAAAGGGAUCUCGUCACCAUGGCAAUGUUUACAAUUUCCCUGCUUCUCUGUGCUGCGUUUGCUCUGAGCGGUGCAACAGAGGUUACAACUGUCACGGAAAACCACAUGGAACAGAGCUCACCUGCUGAGGUGGUGAAGGCGGAGAGGUGGGGCAGGGACUCUUGCCCACCUGGCUGGCUCAAGUACGGGGCACGGUGUUUCAUGUUUGUGCGUUCCGGCAAGACGUGGAUGAAUGCUGAGCGGUACUGUGUGCACUUCGGAGCAAACCUUGCAUCCAUCCACAGCUCUGAAGAGUAUCAUUUCGUGCAAGAGUUGAUCAUACUACAGACAGAAGACUUUACCCCUGCCUGGAUUGGAGGAUUUGACGCUGUUCAGAACCGAGUGUGGCUCUGGAGUGACGGCUCCAGAUUUGACUACAGGAACUGGCUCACAGGAGAACCCAAUAAUGGCGGUGGCAGAGAGCCAUGCAUGAUGAUGAACAAUGGAGGUGAAAAACGCUGGAAUGAUAUUCAAUGUGGAUCUAUAUUUCCAUCUGUGUGCUCCAAAAGGUUGUGUUAAAUCUGCCAUCAUAACAUCAACUGAACCACUUUUUUGUCAUUAAAACUGUACAGUAUUAUUGAAGAAUGUAAAUAUAUGGUAGGCCUAUAGUUUUUGUGAAUCAUAGUCGAGCAUGAGAUUUAACUGAAGGGGGAUUUUCUAUCAUGUAAAUAGGCUGUCGUCCAAUUUUUCAAUGAUGCUGAUCAUGUAAAAUGUCAUAGUGAAGUUUUGCUACUAAUAAAUAAUAUCCCUAA